CGCUAACUUUUCCGCUAAUUCAACAUAGAGAGUGAACCAAUGAGCACUCUAGUUAACAUUGACUUGUUUACGUGAAUUAAAGACGUUCGGAACGAUGUGAUAGUCUCUGCGUUUCUAACAGUGUUGAACUGGUUAAGGUUUGUGAAUCCAGGCACUAUGCAAAGCUAAUACAGCUAGCUCUAGCCCUUUGUUAGCUGUUAGCAAUCACGUUUAAAGCUCCGUGUCUUACAGAUAAGCCACUCGUUGAUUUUAAAAUGGCUAAAACUCAACUGUUGCGAUCUUUAGUGAACCAGAGACUGACUGCGGCAGCCGAGGAGAUAUUUGAGCUGUUUGAAAGAACGAUAGCAGAGUACGAGGAGGAACUUAAUCGAUCUAAAGAGAAUCAACACACACGACUGGAUGCUGUAAUCAACCCUGAAGUGGAGUUAAACAGACCAGAUGUCCAGCAGCUGGUGAUGAGAAGAGAAGAGGCUCUUCCUGAUCAACAGCAGUGGGGCUACGGUCCAGAUUACGCAGAGCCACCACAACCAGCACAUAUUAAAGAGGAAUGGGAGGAACUCUGGACUCGUGAGAAUGGCCAGCAGCUUCAAAGGCCACAGGAGGCUGACAUCAACAUGUUCACCUUCAAUCCUGUCCCUGUGAAGAGAGAAGAAGAGGAUGGAGAGAAACCUCAGUACGCACAGUCUUGUCAAACUCAAACGGAAGAGAACAGAGGCGUGGGGCAUUUGAAAACAGAAGCUAAUGGAGAGGACUCUGGAGGAUCAGGAGCAAGCAAAGGCUUUAAUCCAGACAGUUAUAUGCAACCAAUUACUCCUGACAAGACUUCCCAGUCCUUUGAAUCUGAGACUGAUGACAGUAGCUGUGCUUGGGAAGAGACCUGGGAACCGCAGUCAGCUUUGGUCCCUCAGAAAAACAAAGAUGCAUCUAUGGGUGAAAUGAAAUUUAACACUGGAAAUACAACCGUAAGCUCCUCUGAAUGUGCUCCAAGCUUUGGACAACAAAAACUACCGCAGGAACACAAAGGAGUCCAAACAGUAGAGAAACCUUUUAGUUGCACAGUUUGCGGUAGAAGAUACCCUGCAUUGAAAAAUCUAAAAAUCCACAUGUUACGUCAUUCAGAAGAAAAACCUCAUAGCUGUGCAUUUUGUAAGAAAAGUUUUCACUCUAGAGCAGAUAUGGAAACGCACAUGAGAGUCCACACAGGGGAGAAACCAUUCAGCUGUGAAGUUUGUGGUAAAAGAUUUUCUCAUCAGGGAAAUCUGAGGCAACAUGCAAAGGUCCACACUGGAGAGAAACGGUUUAGCUGCAGUAUUUGUGAUAAAAAGUUCACUUGGCUAAUGUCGGUCAAAAGACACAUGAGUGUUUGUAAGGGCAGCAGGAAUGAGAUGCUCUACGAUACUCCUCAAAUGUUACCUUAGAGUACACCUGUGAACAUCAGCAUUUGACUUUUUAAAAUGUGACUUAGAAAUUAAAUGACUUGCCUCCUCCACGGAUGAACAAUAUUGGAUAUUUGCCGAUAUCCAAUAAUUUCAAAUACACUUUAACUGAUACAGAUAUUUACAGUACUGUAUUGUAAAGAACACAACGUUUAUCCUGUACUAGAAUUUUACUGUUCUCUUUGACAGCCCAUGGGGUUGUUGAUAAAGUGCAUUAUCAGGGAUUAACAAUCCGAUUCGAGUGUUUUAAAACCAAGUUACAGUGCUCUUGCUGUACGUGUUAUAUGCUGUGAGACUGCUGGAAAUAUAAAUGAACAGGGGCAAAAUAAGCACAGGAAAGGGGGCUAGUAGUAGGGCUGCUCUAUUAUGGCAAACUCAUUAUCAUGAUUAUUUUGUUUGAUACUGAAAUCAGGAUUAUAAAUCAUCAUCUUACUUUUACACGACGAAAAACCUCACUAAGAUUAAAAAUCUCUCUUUCAAGAAUUUCCUAGCCAAGACAGGCAGAAGCACAGUUGAGUUUCAAAGUUACAAACAAACAUUGAGCAUCCACACAAAUGAAAUGUCAAAAACAAUGAAUACAUUGUAAGACAAGAAAUUACAAGAGAAACAGCGAGUAUGUGCCGAGAUCAACUGCAGUCAAAAUGCAUCUUUAAAAAAAUCUGCAGACGGAUUUCUCUGCCUCCAGGUCAACCAACCUUUAAAAGCAUCCAAUGAGACCAGCUCAUGAAGUUUGUAGGGCUUUCUGUAAAUCAUUCCAAGCAAAAAGAGCAGCAAAUUUAAAUGCAUUUUCCCACUCCAGUUUCGACCCCUGGGUCAGAAGAUCCUGAGGCUAAAAUAAAUGUACAUUUGCAUCUAACUUAGACUUUAACAUUUAAUAUAUUAAAGAACAUGCGUAAAAAGUUAUUUUUUAAAAAGUAUGUAACAAUAGUAAUGCAUUAGUACAGAUAUAUAUAUGUCUGAAUAUCCAGAAUGGCUUUAAAUUCCUGCUAAUUACUAAAUUCAUAAACAGGGUCUUUUUUAGGCAGACACAAACACAAAAUUUGAUUCUAAAAAUAAUGGGGAAAAAAAUAAAAAAAUAUAUUGACAAUUAGAUAUGAAAACUUGAAGUAAUUUCUUUAGAUUCUAUGUACAUUAUAUGCAAAAUGAAUUUUUAACAGUAAACAACAGGUCUUGGAUAGCUCCAAACACGACUGUAUCAACUGGUACUAAAAAUAUUCAUUGUUAACCCAUUAAAGCCUGAAAAGAUAAAUUAUAGCCAGAAAACUCUACUUUCUUUGAGCUGAAAUGUUUAUUUCACUUUCUACUGAAAUCCAA